ACAGUAGUUAUCAAAAUCACCUAUGUUACUGAACUUAAACAUGACUCAGAGAAUGAAAAGAUACGAUUUGUUUUACCAACUUGUAUUGCAGAAAGAUAUGGUUCUUCUUCUUCUUCACCUUCAACAAUAACUUCAACAGCUAAUUAUGGUAAAAAUCUUGUACCUGAUGAUGUAAAAUAUUCUGGGGAAGCAAAUUAUAAACUGGAUUUAAAAAUUAAUUGUAGAAUGACCUCAACCAUUCAAUCAAUUGAGUCACCUUCUCAUUUGAUCUCUGUUGAAUUAAAUGUCAAUGGCAAUCCCAAAACUUCUAAUGUUACUUUGGCUGAACAAAUUACUUAUUUAGUGAAAGAUUUUGUUUUAGUUGUCAAGAGUGAGGAUCUUGAUAAGCCAAGUGCAUUUCUUGAAUAUAACCCUGGAACAGAAUCUAAUUGUUUAAUGUUGACAUUAGUUCCAAAAUUUUCUUUAAAUCCAAUUCGAACAGAAAUAGUUUUUAUUAUUGAUAGAUCAGGAUCAAUGCAAGGUGAACGAAUUAAAAAAGCAGGACAAGCAUUAGAACUAUUUCUACAUUCACUACCAGAAGAUUGUUACUUUAAUGUGAUAUCAUUUG